GUUUAUUUGUGGACAGAGGGAGUAAUUUCAAUUGAAAUCUACUUCGUAAUAACUAAAAUCACAAAUUUCCAAAAGAGUUUGUAGAAUAAAGAGCUGAUUAACAUCUAUAAAUACCCUCCGAGAAAAGACCAAUUCAAGCUAAAACAUUAGAACCAAAUACUCGACCUUAAAGCGAGGGAGGGAGACCAUCACAAAAUGAUCCCCGCCACUUACCUUUCAAGAAUGGGCUUAUAUGACGUCACAAUCGGCGGCGUUACCGUCAGGGCACGGGUGAUCGACGACCCGAAGCUCGUCGACCAUGCCCUGGCGGAGCUGGAGUUGACCGCGGACAACCCGUUUGUCGGGUUGGAUUUGAAGACAUGCAGGGAUGCAUUGGGGAGGAGGAGAUGUGCACUUCUCAUACUAUGCACAAACACCAAGUGCCUCAUCAUACAAUUGGAUCGCAUGAUCAAAAGAUGCAAAAAAAAUCGCGUCCCCCGCGUUCUGGGGGACAUUUUGUCCGACAAGCGGCUCUGUUUCGUGUCCCUGAACGGAUUCACAAAGAGGGCGAACAGUCUGUCGUUUCGCGACACGGGUGAUGUUCUGAAAGGCGCACACUCCUGCAAACCGAGUGUGUCACCACGCGUCUUUAAGUGUAAGACGAUUUGGGCAGUUGAAGUUGGAGAGUACGCGGCUAGGGUGCUUAAAAACCCACAACUUCUCAAGUGUAAGUCACUUGAGAAACUGGGGGUUGAGGCUGGAGUCGACCUGAACACCACCGCCCUUUCGGACAGUGGUGGAAGGGCUAAACGGCCUUCGCCCAAGUGGGACUCUAAGCUUUUCUCUGAGGAGGAAGUGGUGAGCGUCAUGUAUGAUGCGGUUGCGUGUUAUCUUAUUGUUCAAAAGCUCUUGGCUUCAUGAGUAAAACUAAAACCUAAUUGUCCAAACAACAUAAUAUUAUCAAUAAGUGUUUUGAAUAAUUUUGUAAUGGUGCAGAUUAAUUUGAAAAUUGUUAGCUAAAGUAAAGCACUGCAAUUAUA